CGAUGAAGUGCUUAAGUUUCUAAACAUCACAACGGAUUUUCCAGCAGUUUUUUAUUGUUUUUAUUUACGCAGAACAAAGUAAUUAAACACAAGGAUUUAAACAAAAUUGCAGAUCACAACAACAAUAAAAAAGUAAGAAGCUUCACAGCCAACAAAUCGGUGUUUUUACAGGAUCAUCAUGCCACGAUCGUUUUUGGUGAGGAGUAAAAAGUGUCCAUCGUUCAACAUGCUCCGACCGAUCGACGCCGAACAAAGUGAACCCAAACUCUCGGAACCAGCAUGCGAGACAAUCCCAGCACUAGUCCCUUUGGAACUAAAGAAACGCUGUUCCCCAGAGCAGCCCCCAUUAGAUUCCUUCACUCGCCUAUCCCACCAAGAACCAUAUGACUUUAUCAAGUGUGAGACAGAGCCUGACUGCCAGAUACCAUCUCUUCCUGAGCUACCUGUUACAACCAGCCAGCCUUAUUACAUAUCCAAGCCUCAACUGGCAGAGUUCCCUCCCUACUACAAGAGCUCUUACGCCUGGGAUCAUGUUCCCUCACCAUAUAACUUCAGGCAGAUGAGCUUUCCUCCAUCGCUCCUGCAGCAUGCCAGCAGCCUGUAUGGAGCUCAUCUGAAGCAGAGCUCAGAGCCUUCACAAGCGCUUGACUGCAGCACACACUACUCACCUAUGUCUAACACCUUCCACUGUAUUACCUGCAACAAGGUGUUCUCCACCCCUCAUGGCCUGGAGGUUCAUGUCAGACGCUCUCACAGUGGUACACGUCCCUUCAGAUGCAGCAUCUGCAGAAAGAGCUUUGGCCAUGCAGUUAGCUUGGAGCAACACAUGAACGUCCACUCUCAGGAAAGAAGUUUUGAGUGCAAGAUGUGUGGAAAGACCUUCAAACGCUCCUCAACGUUGUCCACACACCUGCUGAUCCACUCUGACACACGGCCCUACCCCUGCCAAUACUGCGGCAAGAGAUUCCACCAGAAAUCCGAUAUGAAGAAACACACCUACAUCCACACAGGUGAGAAACCUCAUAAAUGUCAGGUGUGUGGGAAGGCCUUCAGCCAGAGCUCCAACCUCAUUACACACAGUCGCAAACACACCGGAUUCAAGCCAUUCAUUUGUGAGAUCUGUUCCAAGGGCUUCCAAAGGAAAGUGGAUCUUCGUAGACACCACGAGAGUCAGCACGGCCUUAAAUGAUGUGAUGGACUGCAAGGAAGGAAUGAAGACUACCUAUGGCUGUUGUAUGCAAACCAAGGGCUGGUAAAAAGACAAUUGAAGAACGUGAAAUGAAGAGGUUUUUAGUUAAUUUAAAUCAACUCAUGUUGAAGGAACGUUCCGGGUUAAUACACAUUAAGCUCAAUUGACAGCAUUUGUGGCAUAUUGUUAAUAACCACAAACAUUUAUUUUGUUUCUUUCUUUACAAAUAGACAAAACCUUGGUUACAGUGAGGCACUUACAAUGGAAGUGAAUGGGGCCAAUUGUUAGAGGGUUUAAAGGCAGAAAUGUGAAGCUUAUAAUUUUAUAAAAGCACUUACAUUAAUUGUUCUGUUAAAACUUUUAAAAGCUCUAUCUGCAUUUCAAACUAUUAAAUCACAUCCACAUGUAAGUUAGCAUGCCAUAUUUCUCACUCUCAAUAGCAUAUUCUCAGAAGUGGCCUGUGUGCUACCUCUUGAAUACUUUAGUUCUCUUAAAAUUAGACAUUUUUUUUUAUAUUAAUGCUUUUUAAAUGCUGUGAAAAUAUUGUAUGUGUUUAUAUUUGAUUUGAUUUAGUCUUUUUGUUCUGUUCUAUUUAUAGUGUCUUACUGAGAAUUCUAAAUAAAUAUUGA